CGUAUUACUAGACGCGACCAGUAAAAUCGGAGAGCCGGUGGUGUGGUGGAGGUACGACAGUCGCGAGGUGGAGCUAGCAAGGCUGACCUGCCUAGUGCCACUCUCAUCCACCGGCCUGCAAGCUUCACGGAGUUUAACCCCUACACAGGCAAACUACAUCCAUGUGAUAUAAUUGCAGCCUGUAUAUGAACCCGCGGAGCAUCGCUAACGUCCCCAAUAUGUGGCACUUGAAGGUGUGGCCGCCUCUCCUCCUGUCCAUGUGUCUCCUCGUUCACUCGGCAGCCACCAGUCCAUUGACACAGAAGGGCGAGUACGAUAAUUACGCAUAUAAUGAAGAGGACUACGGAGACACAGGGGAAACCAAGCCAGAGUCUGAAUUCGCUGCAGAGAAGCCUGAAGUUCACGCAAAACCUCAAACACUGUUAGUGACACAGCCUGAGCUUCUGCAAGCAACGGAACCUCUGACAGCGGAAGAGCCAAAACAAAGAAGUACAGGAAAAAUGGAAGGUUCGAAGGUAGAGUCAACAACAGAACCAACACUGGAGCCGAAGCCACAACUCUCGGUAGAGCCUGAACUCCAGUCGUCACAGCUUAAUGACACUAGAGUGGAAAUGACCGACUCAGUAGACUUGCAGUCGCUUGAGGUAUUUACAAAUAGCUCGAUCGAGGAAGAGACAGACAUCGUCAUCCCUCACGUUAAUGAAACCAAGGGGAUCAAUGCUGUUCCCGCAAGUUGCACACAGCCACCAGACUCUGGGAUGUGUCGAGGGAAUAUACCGAUGUUCUACUUCGACCCGGCCUCUAAGACGUGUCGUCGCUUCGUAUACGGAGGUUGUCGAGGUAACGACAACUUGCACCAGACAGCGACUGAAUGCUAUAAUAAGUGCUACCCACAGGUCUUCGCAGGUGGAAGGAAGCAAUUGAUUGGCAGAGCUUGGGGAGAGAGUUACUUGACCCUUCAUGAUGGUAGAGGCAUCUACACCCUCACCUUCCUGGGCAACAACCCCUCUGCCAAGGUCGACGACGAAGCUCUCACUCAUUUCUCCAUGAACGAGCUCUACCAGUUUGAGUUCUACUUUAGGACUGACUCUCCCCAUGGCCUCAUCGCUUUUCUUCGUCAGGUGUCAGUGACUCCAGAGCUUCAAGCAGCGAGGAUCCAGUUAUACAUCUACCUGAAGAGAGGCCAUCUGGCGGUCACACACGUCUUCAAGAACAAUACCGAAACUUUCUGUAUGGAUAAAGGAGGGUUACAGGACAGCAGCUGGCACCAUGCUGUAGUGAGGGUGAGUGGCACUACAAGAGACCUGGUGAUGGAGGUAGACAACACCCAACAAAACUACACUUUCAACAGCUCCAAGGACCUACCCAGCUACACCAACGGAACACUCGGAGGGUUCGCCUCUAGACUGUGGAUCGGUGGAGUGCCCAAGGGUCACCUUGAGAGUGAGGAUGUGGUGGUAGGGAUAGUGCCGUUCCACGGGUGUAUGAGGAAACUGGGACUGGCUAGUGGACACACUGAAGCAGACAUGUCACGCAUCAAGGUGCUAAGGACCACCUCGUACAACGGAGUCACGGAACACUGCCGUAACAACUGCAAUGACCGAUUUAAGAACCUGUGUUCGCCGUCGUCCCAGUGCGUGGAGCACUUCGACCACAGCACCUGCAGCUGCUUCGGCAGCGGCCAGGACGGACUUCGCUGCUCCAACCCAGAGACGCCAAUACUGACCCUCCAUAGUGAUGGUUACGUGGUCCACCGCCUCUACGAGUGGAUGGACCGCGUUCACUCCUACAACGACCUCAUCUCCAUCGAUUUCAAGACUACGUUCACCGACUCGAUCCUCUUCCACGCCACGGCCGAGCACCCGGAGAAGCAGUACGUUGGAGCCUCCAUCACCUCCUCCGGAAACAUUUACGUGGAGGUGGAUCUCGGAGGCGGGGCAGUGAGCGCUGAGGUGGGGCAGAGGAUGGUCUUCGAACACUGGCACACACUCACUCUCGUCCACCACCACGAGACACUUAAGGUAUACCUGGACGACAAACUGGAAAAGACACUCAUUAUCCCCGGGGAGGUCCACUACCUGCAUCUCGACCCAGACUUCUACGUAGGCAACGCUCCGGGUAUCAGCCGUUUAUGCGGGCUACCUAAGGACCAGGGCACACACAAGGAAGUGGAGGAGGAGAAGCAACUACAGCAGGAAGAAUGCCAACCACAGCAGCCACCUCAGCAACGCUAUUACUACGACGUUCAGUCGGCCACCUGCAUCGCCUUCAACUACUCUGGCUGUGGCGGCAAUGACAACCGUUUCCUCGAUCAAGCUUCCUGCAUGGACACGUGCUAUACACCGGGUCUGAGGUCCCUCAACUCCUUCAUGGGUUGUCUGAAGAACGUCUUCUUCAACGACAUCAGCAUCCUACAGCAGCUGAAGGAGGGUAACAAGUCUACACGCUACAUCGGCAUGAGCCAGCAGCCUCCUCUCGACUCCAAAUGCAAUAAGAAAGAUAUGGUGCAAGUCACUCUGUCGACAGAGAGCGCUAGCAUCAAGCUAACGAACCCCAACCCUGAGAACUACCGGAUUUUAAUAUCCUUCAGGCCCUCCAUAUCUCGAAGUGUCGUCGCCUCGGGCUACGUGUACGUUCUCAACACGUGGAGUGAGUGGGAGAUUCAUCACGAUGAGAACUAUGUGUAUUUUGACGUUCACGACAACAUUGUUCACCUUAAACCCGAUGGCAGAAUUAAGAUUGACCACUGGCAGUAUAUGGAGAUUCGUUACGAGAAUGACUUGAUCAUUAUGAGAGUGAACCAGAUGACAGCCUCCAAGAAGAUGCCUGGGACUAUGGUUUUCUCCUCUCACAUCAACAUCGGCGCCAGCAUCCUCAAGGAAUUCCCAGGAUUCAUAGGGUGUCUGAGGAAGGUGGAGGUGGGAGGAGAAACAGUUGACAUACGAUCCAUCGUGGGUACCCCGCUGGUCAGCAAAGAUGUCACCUUCGACAACUGCCAGGUGCUGGGUCCAUGUGAGAGGCCUGGUUCAUGUGAACACGGAGCCACUUGUACUGUAGUGAAGGACGGAAUUCAGUGCAACUGCUCAGGGACUGGUUACACUGGCAAGACGUGUCACUUCUCACUGUACAGGAAGUCGUGUGAGCAGUACAGACAGAUUGGCUACAACAUCUCAGGUAUCUACAAGAUUGAUGUAGAUGGGAAUGGUCCUCUGCCGCCUGCUUUCGUCAAGUGUUCCUUCAGUGAGUUUUCAUUGGAAACAACUACUAUUGUGGAACACAACCUGCCAGAAAAUUCCGACGUGCGGAGGCCAGGGAUGGAUAGCCUGCAGCUCAAGGUGUCCUACAGAGACUUUACGGACGAGAUGCUAAAAGUUAUCAUCAGCCAGUCCUAACUCGUCUCUCAGAAGAUGAGAUACAACUGUCGAAGGUCGCCCCUGAAGCUGUCUACCAGGACCUGGUUCUCUUCUCCAUCUGACAAGUUCAUCACCAGUUUUGGUUCCAAAACUCCUGGGUUGUGUACAUGCAAAGAUAUGAAAUCUUGUUACAAUAAGGAGGUGCCGUGCAACUGUGACGUGGGUGAUGGACUGCCAAGGGAAGACAAGGCGAUCAUCACAAACCCCAGUCACUUGCCCAUCACCACCAUGGUCUUCCUGCAGGACCCAACAGGAACCCGUGAGGACACUGAAGGAAUCAUCACGCUUGAUCCCCUCAAGUGUACUAAGGAAGGUAUGUCAUUUGAGAAAAAGGAUAGAGAAGGGAUGGAUUUGAGUGGAUGGUUUGUGGUGGGAGAGCAGAGGAAGGGGGGUUAUGUCAGGUUUUCCCCUGAACUGAUGGACAGACUGUACUUCCGGAGGGGCGGCAGCUACCUGGAGGUGCCGGCCUGGCGAGUAGGUAGUCUCUUCCUCAGCUUCAAGACCACCUCCAGGAGGGCGGUCAUUGCCUACCAACCUGCCUAUCACCCCAGCCACGCCUCCUUCAAGAUCUCUCUCGUUGGAGGUAAGGAGAUUGAGUUCAUGUACAGCUUCCGCAAUCAGCUCCACCGCAGUCGCCUCUCCACCAGGCGGCCCCUCAACACCGGCAGCUGGCAGCAGCUCCUUGUUGAUAUCUACGACCACCAGCUGCGACUUGUCGUUAACUCUGAUGAAGAUCUCAUAGAUAUUGAGAAGGAUGUUAACCUCGGUGUCCUCGAUGGUUCCAUGUUCCUAGGUGCCAUUCCUCCGCAAUUCCUUACUGAGGAAGACAAGAAGGAUGGACUGGAGGGACUCGUGGGUUGUAUCCGUGGAUUGGCCCUUAAUGAUGAGCUGGUGGACCUGAAGGCAUUCGUCAGGGCUUCGGCUCAUGGAGUCAGUUCUGGCUGCACGCCCUCCUGUGAACCCAAUCCCUGCAAGAACGGUGCAUUGUGCACUGAAAACUGGGGAUCAUACGAGUGUGUCUGUAAGAAUCCCUUCGCUCAUUCCGGCAGGCACUGUGAAAUUAACAUCAACGAGGAUGCUCUUACCUUUACCACAUUGGAAUCCAAGUUGAAAUACUUCACUAACGACAUAAACAAACUUGGAGAAAAUAACCUGCUUACGAAGAGCUUCCUUAUCAACUUCCGGACUUACUCUAAGACGGGGCUCAUCCUCUUCGCUUACGACUCCCUGCACAACUUCAUUCAGUUGUACCUGGCACAGGAGAACGAGGUGGUGUUCCUCUUCAACUAUGGCUAUGAAAUCAAACGGGUCAUGGUGACAGCUGACAGCGGUGUGGUGUUUAACAAGGGACAGUCUGUGCAGCUGUCAGUGGAACGUACCUCCAGUUCCACCAGCAUGCGCAUCCUCACCAACGGUGUCUUCUUCAACGCAUCUGUCGAUGCUGGUGUGCGGCUAUUUCAGGACAAUGAGUACCAGCAGCUACCCUUCGGAAGCAGCCAACCUCUCCCUGAGAUAGUGCGCUACCCACACUCUCCCACCAAACCCAUGAAUUUCUUCCAGGUAUAUCUUGGCUCAGCCAACGACAUACAGUACGAUGUACACUCAUCCAUCCCUGGUAUAGAGGGCUGCAUCAGGGGCCUCAAAAUUGGUUCAAGUUUCGUGUCACUCACCGACUUCUACCUCAAUUCCACAUACCCAGUGGAUGGCAUCAAAAUGAACUGCACGAUGGCAUGUGACCACCAUCCAUGCCUCAACAAUGGCAUCUGUACUGAAGACUUCCACUACUUCAACAAUUUUCAGUGUGACUGUGUGGGCACGUCCUACACGGGUCCAACCUGUAGUGCUGAGACGGCAUACACUUUCUCUGGGCGUCAGUGGAUCAGUCAAGAUUCAGCAACGUCGCCUAUCAAAAAGGACUUCAGGUUCGAGAUGGCUUUCUCUGCCUCCACUAGACACUCACGGCCGCAGCUGGUAGCUCUCCUGCGCUCCACUGACCUCCAAACAGCCCACGACUACUUUUUGGUGUCCAUUGAGCCUGAUGGUUCCCUCCUGAUGGAGACUCAGCUGUCUGACCUGGGUAAGGGCAUGAUCCUAGGCACCGAGGUCGACCCCUCUGCCCACAACUUCAAUGCCUUUGAUGGCUACAGACACUUCGUUAUCGCGGAGAAGUCAAGGCACGGGAUGACGAUAAAGGUUGACGGGGAGGAGCGAGAUGUGCUGCAGUUACGAAACAUCGUGAGCGAGACAAAUGUCAAGACCACGCCCACGGGCCUCUACCUGGGGGGAGUCGAGGCAGGCAUCGACGAUCGCCUGGGUCGAUAUGAUAACUUCCACGGAUGCAUUUCCAAUGUGAAGAUACGGACGCCUGAGAUCGAGGUGAUGCCUCUGCAGCAGUACGGUGACAAUGACCUGCACUUCAGGACCAGUGGUGUCCCUGGCUACGGCUCCUGUGCCAAGUUCGCUGCUGCUGGAGUUCUUAUGGCUCAUGGUCACGACCUCAACGUGUCGGGGGUGAUGGGAGAGGAAUGGGCCUUCAGGGCAGCCCAGAGACUCGUUUACCAACAUCAGUUCGUACCUGCAACACACCCAGAGAGGAACACACCUAUGGACAACGUUGUGCCGGCCGUAGCGGGGGCGAUUUUUCUAGUCUGUACGAUAAUCGUCAUCGCUCUCGUUCUCAAGGCUCACCGCAAGAGGAAAGAGCGGAAGGAACUGAGAGAUGCAGAGGAAUCUGUGCCUCUCUUCAAUGGCGGCAGCAGCAGUGAUGGCAGAGAUAAGAAAGAAAAAAUCUUCACGGUGUCUGAGAAGGAAAUGAUGCCUCUUAACUCCAAGACAGAGCCUGAUGAUGUUAUACAAGUUGCCAAUGCGACUCCAGUGGCGAACGUGGAGACCAAAAAUGAAGCUAAGCAGAAGGAAGCCUUGGAAAAGGAUGUGGGUGCUGCCAAACAGGAACCUUUGGACGCUGUGAAGGUGCGUAAGGAGGGAAAAGGUGGUGAUGGUGACGGUAGUGAUGGUGACGGUGGUGAUGGUGACGGUUGUAGUAUUGGUGGAGAGCGACCUCUCUCAUGGGACAAAUCUUAUGACAAUCUGCCACUUACCAUCGGCAAUCAGGAGGAGCCAGUGACAUCUCAACCCACAGACAGUAGCUCGGAGAGCAGCAUUGAGUGCACGCUUGAUAUCAGCGGCUCCCCAACUUCUUCUCCAACAACAACAAAAGCGGAUCAGUUAUCUAAGGAAGAGGGAUCACCAUCGUCAACCAGGGUGCAAAGAGGAUCCAUUGCUGUUCCCUACGUAGAAGAUGAAGAAGAAUCUUACAGUGCGCCAAAGAUGUUGAGUUAUCGCCAACUUCCGUCAGAAGAUGACAUAAGUGACAAGACGAAAGUGAAAUUCUCUGAAAAUCCCGAAGAUCCAGAGGAGAAUGUCAAUGAUGAAACUAAACCCAAUGUGCACAGACGUCCAGAAUUGGGAGACGAAGUUCAGAAGAUUGUUAAAGAAGAAACAGAAGACGAUAUUGACGUUGUUGACGACGAAGAAGGGGAAAACAAUAACAAAGGGAAGGUUGGGGAGCAAAGUAACGUACCAUUCGACGAUAAUGCGGGAAAGGAUAUUAAAGACGUCGAGAUGAAAGACAUAGCGGAAGACAGUGAAGAGAUCAAGAAAGAUGAAGAUUCAGAUAUUGACGUAAACGACUACCUGGAGGAGAAAGUGAAACCAGAAGACAAGAGCAAAACAGUACCACAGGUCACUGCAGCUCAAGAACCGACCAUGGCAUCGGAGGAGAUCAUGACAGACAGUGAUGAUAACCCACAAGAGAAAGAACUCUCUGAAUUAAGUCCUGAUGGAAAAGAGGACUUCACAGUUGCUUCCGUUCCAUCGGAACAGGGAAAGCAGAAAGGUACCGAGUCACUGACAAGACCUGAAGACGAAGACGACGACGACGAUUUCAUCGAAUUACGUCCUGAGAGAGAAGACAUCCACGACGCACACCGAAUGUCAGCGAAGGUACUGCCUCAUCACCCUAUGAGAACUUCCUUACCAGCAGACCCUGAAAGAUCGAACAAUUUGCCUUUACAGCCGAAUCUUAGUAAACAAGAGAAACCCGAGCAGCGCAUCGAUGUUCAAAAGUAUUAUCUUACCAAAAAGGCAUCCAAUCCCCCAGCGUUGCCUCCUAAGGAAAAGCGUCUAGUGACCUCUCCUCACCUCUCUUGGCAGACGUUGGAACAAUUUGAGGAUCACAAUACAGCUCUCUGCGGCAAGAGUGGAGAAGAGUUCGCAAACUGGAAGACGGAGACACCUGAAGAUGAAAAUUUCAAGAAACAGAGAAAUAACGAAAUACUGGUAGAUGUAGAAUAUCAUGGACACUUAUUUCAUGAGAAAGAGAAAGCAAAUAAUGAGAGUGAGUUGAUAUCUUAUGAUAACAAGCAAGGACAAGAGCCGGAUUUAAUGAAAAACGAAGAUGAAAAAGGCAGUAAUAAAGAAUAUACAAAGGAAAUACAGCAGGAGGAAAACUGCGUUGAGGGAGAUGCAUCAUCGAACUCCUCCACACCAGUUAUAAUCAUCAGUCCUCCUGAUGAGCAACUGCAAGAGGAUGAGCAAGAGUGGGAAUGUAUUGACAUUACUAAGGAUGAUAAACACACCACUGAGAAUGAUGUAGACCAAGUGAAAAUAAACCAACGAGCGUCUGAAAGCCAACCUACGGAAGAAAAUAAAGAAAUGGACGAGAAGGAUGAAUUCAAGACAGGUGCUAGAUGGAUGGAUAGCGAAGACGUAGCUGAAGAUUCUGAGACAAAGAUGAAUGCGAAGGAGAACGCAUUGUAUAAGGAAAUACCUGAAGAAACGGGUACAAAAGAAUCUUUAGCAGGAAAAAAUAAUUGUGAAGAUGCAAUAUGCAAUAAAGAUGGCGUAAACAGACAAGAGACUGAAGAUAAAAGUCAUACAAUAAAUGACAUUAAAAACGAAACCAUAGAGGAGAAAGAUAACAGUAAUGCCACUAACGAUGUUAAUUUAAAUACAGAAUCGCCUGGGGAUCCAUUUUAUCAGCGCACAGAUCCUGAGGGAAUGUCAGAAGAGGACUGGUCUAUACUGAAUCAAACUUCGAUGACAAACAAAAGCGUCAGUAGCGAAGCUGUACAACCUAAUCAUCCGGAAUCUCCAGUUAGUGACGAUGAUAGUGAAGAUAGCAACUCUCCAACUUAUCUUAAUUAUAUCGGGGACGACGAUGUCUGUCUUGAGGGUCCAGAAGAUGCGGACAACACAAUGAAUCUCUUCACCAUCAGAGAGAAUGAGGAAGCUGACCACGAGGGAGAGGAACACAAGGCCCCCGGGCUAACAAGAUCAAAACACUCUAUUGAUCUGUCCGCUCUGCAAAAUGUUGAGGAAAAGAAUGCUCAAACUGGUAUAGAAGAGAGAAAGGAAGACAAAGUACCUCGUUUAGAAGGAUAUGUUUUUAAUCCCAGUGAAGAUCAUAAUUUUGCAAGUGGCAAGUCUUCGAACGAGAAGAAAACAGAGUAUGAAGAAGAGGAGGAGGAUGAUAAAGAGGACGAAGAAAAGGGAGAAAGGGAAAAAGUGCCAGGAAACGAUUCCUCAAAGGAGGAAAAUCCGAAACUUCCGAAAAAAGGCCGCGUCGUGAAAGGCAAGAAAAUCAACCCCAUUUUUCUGUCUGAGAAUGUCCGCACCUUCAGUAACCCCAUCAGCUACCUAGGAGGACCCAGCAUUGAGUACGAGGAGGGCGAGGGAGCGACCAGGUCGAGGAGUGAGAGUCUGACGUCAGUAACAUCGAUUGAUUAGGCUCUAUAAUGCAUAGUUGAUAAUAAAGUGGUCUAGCAGUAGCUUGGGCUAACUAGCUCUAUAGUCUAUUUCUAUUUCUAUUCGCGUGAAAUUGACCGAAGAGUUGAUUCUUAAAAAUAUGUUAGGAACUCAAAAACUUGUAAAACUCUAAAAUUAA